AUGGUGGAAUUAUUUGGUAUCGGAGAGGAGGCAGAGUCAAUUAUCGCCGGCGUGAUUGGCUUUUUGGCCGUCGGAUUCAUCAUCUUCUUUAUCUGCUUCGUCGUUAACAAAAUCUACAUUUGGUAUCGACAACGCCAGAACAGGAAACGAAGGAAGUUGCACGGCAUCGGCGAUGAUGAUGACCAGAUCAUCGACAUCACAUCAACUAGUAUGAUCAUUUUAAAUAAAGACGCGAAGAAAAACUGCAAGAAAAAAUCAGACGCCAUGAACAUCCUGAGAGAUGAGAUGACCUGA